CGAACAGGCUGAGGACACGCGAGUCACUCUUACAUGCUUCCACAGCCAAUGACAUCCCUCGACUGACUCAGACAACCAAUCAAAGCAGCGCAUUUCUCACCACGUGGUUGGCAGGACGCUCCAUCAUGGGAUAACAAGAAGAAGGAUGUUUUUUGUUUGGAGUUGAAACCACGACUUAUCUCGUGUACUUUUCUCUCAAGAAGAUCAGUUUAUCAGAAACAAAGGAACAACCUGACCCUUUUGACCGAAUCGAUCACUUUUGAUCAGUACAUCGUGUUUAACAUAUUCAUCGCCAAAUACCGCGUGCGUGUUAAAAUGUUUAAUUAAUCCCACAUGUAUUACUUUUUACUAACAGUUAUCUAUGGUAGCAGCUCAUGUAGUGUCGUUCAUCACUUUUUAUUUGAACUAAGUUGAUAUCCGUGGGUUCUAUUUCUUUCUUUUUUUUCUUUUCACGAGCCACGUUGUUGCGUAUAUUUGCACGUGUUCGAUAGCUACUGUCAGUUCUCGUCCGGACACGCACGCGCCGUUAGUUUAGACACGAGACUGUCCCUUGGUGUUGUUGACUCAGGACACAGAGACAGACACACGCAGCGGGGAUGGAGUUUGAAGAGUCCGGUAUCGGAGAGGAAUGCGGGGUUUUCGGAUGCGUGGCCGCCGGAGAGUGGCCCACGCAGCUGGAGGUGGCUCAGGUCUUAACACUGGGGCUGGUCGCGUUACAGCACAGGGGUCAGGAAAGUGCCGGGAUUGUCACAAGUAAUGGAGCCAGUCCACCUACAUACACAACCCUCAAGGGAAUGGGAUUAGUGAGCACAGCUUUCUCGCCUGAGGCUCUUCUGAAUCUGCGCUAUGAUAACCUUGGCAUUUGUCACACACGUUAUUCAACCAGUGGAAUCUCAGAACUUCAGAACUGCCAGCCCUUCGUGGUGGAUACACUGCAUGGCAGGAUUGCUGUCGCGCACAAUGGAGAGCUAGUUAAUGCUCAUGCCUUGAGGAAAAAGGUGAUGCGCCAUGGCGUGGGUCUCUCCACCAGCUCAGACAGUGAACUCAUCACCCAACUGCUGGCGUUCACUCCACCUAUGGAGGAGCUGGAUGCACCAGACUGGGUUGCCAGAAUUAAAAACCUAAUGAUGGAGACUCCGACAUCCUACUCGCUUUUGAUAAUGUACAAAGAUGUUAUCUACGCCGUGCGCGACCCUUAUGGAAAUCGACCCCUCUGCAUUGGACGAAUUGUUCCCAUCUCAAAGUUGCACAGUCCAGGCACUGGAGAGGGCGACACUGAGGGUUGGGUGGUGUCAUCAGAGUCCUGCAGUUUUCAGUCCAUUGGUGCCAAGUAUUACAGAGAGGUCUUACCAGGGGAGAUAGUCCAGAUAUCCAAUCAUGGAGUCAAGUCUCUGACCGUUGUGCCUCGUCCUGAGGGAGACCUCCCUGCCUUCUGCAUAUUUGAAUAUGUUUACUUUGCCAGGCCAGAUUCAGUUUUUGAAGGACAGAUGGUCUACACUGUCAGGCAGCGCUGUGGUCGGAGGUUAGCCAUUGAGGCUCCAACAGAUGCAGACGUAGUUAGCACUGUGCCUGAGUCUGCAACUCCUGCUGCUCUGGGCUACGCUCAGCAGUCUGGGCUGCCAUACAUCGAAGUACUGUGUAAAAACCGCUACGUCGGAAGAACAUUUAUUCAACCAAACACCCGUUUGAGGCAGCUCGGUGUUGCCAAGAAGUUUGGGGCGCUGACCGACAACUUUGCUGGGAAACGAGUGGUGCUAAUUGACGACUCCAUUGUCAGAGGAAACACCAUCUCACCCAUUAUAAAACUGCUCAAGGAAGCUGGUGCAACAGAGGUACAUAUCAGAGUUGCCUCUCCACCCAUCAGGUACCCCUGUUACAUGGGCAUCAACAUUCCAACCAAGGAAGAGCUGAUUGCAAAUAAGCCAGAGUUUAAGGACAUUGCAGGAUACAUUGGUGCAGACAGUGUUGAGUAUCUGACUGUGGAGGGCCUGGUGUCAGCAGUCCAGGAGGGAAUUGCCUCCCAACAGGAGAAGGAAAAGAUGAUUAGCUCCACUAACAAGUCCAGCAGGAGAGUGGGCCACUGCACUGCCUGCCUGACUGGGAAAUAUCCAGUGGAGCUGGAGUGGUAACUGCUGGAAUCAAAACCAAGGUUAUAGCAGAACUGUGGAUUAACCUCAGGCGCCCAUGCAUUAAUGAACUGUUCUUUAUAGACUGGAUAAGAAAUAGUGUGGCAUUUCAAUAUAUUGUAAUAAGUUUUUCCCUGCUUAGGCCCUUGGUCAGCAAUUUAAUUUCUAGCUUUUGAUGACCUCCGGUGGUUGCAGCUUCACUUUACUGUAGUGACGCUCAGAUGACACUUAAAAGUGCACAUCUGACCAAACUCCAAUGCUGUUGGGCCCCACAUUGACUAUCAUGUUAAUGUAAUUUGAGAAAACUAAUUUGUUGUAUUUUCACAUUCCUCGUCUUAGCAAACAUAAGCAUUUGGUAUAACCGGCCAUGUCGGAAAUACAAAGGUCGAGUGACUAAACCAUGAGUGUCUUUAAUUUCUACACUUAUCUGCCUUUAUUGAAAAUUAACUAUGUAACUGUUUUGUCUUGACUGAGUCUUGACUGUUGUACACUUGUUUACUUUAAACAUUACCUUGAUUUAAAAUGGAAAAGUAAAUUAAUAAACAGAAUAACUGCAA